AUGAGUGUUACGAGUGCUCGUACAAAUCCUAAUAUAAUGCCUGAGGUUUCGGUAUGUUUGCGUGAUGCAAUGAAUAGUCUAUUCGAUUCUUCAUCAUCAAGUCAAAAUAGUCAUAGUACUGCGUUAUCGUGUACAACAAAUGGUUCUAACAGUGAUUACGAUUCGUUUAUCGAUGUCAUUGGUCUUGAUGAUAAAAACGGUAAUGAUAACAGUGAUCUAAUUAAAAAACGUAAAAUAUUUGAAGAUGAAACGAGCAAAUUAGAAAUGAAACAAAUGUCUGAUGCUUCAACAGGAACCAAACGAUUUUGUAGUGUAACUAAUAGUAAAAUAAUCUAA